AUGUGGGACCUUCGAUUAGGGGAACAACACGAUCCACAUCUUCGGCCUCCGUGGCACCUACCGCGACGGCUCGAUCACGUGGGCCAAGAACGGGUCCGUGUGGACCAGGCGCCCGCCCGCGGCCGAGAGCGCCCGGAAGGACGGGGGCGCCGCGGCCGCCGGGCUCCCCCACGGGGCUCGGGCGGCGGACAGGCCCGUGGACCCGGAGGAGACGAGAGCGCGAGAAUCAGGGCUAGGAGGUGGGACGAGUUCAAAAAGUGGCAGGACUGGUACGUCGGGCGAGGCAUCGCGCCUGGCCCCAGCAAGCUGGAUGACGAGGCGCGGCUUUUCUCCGAGGAGGCCAUCGGCCUGGGCGCGGGUACGGAUUUCGAUAUGUACGAUCUUGUCGGUGCUGAAAUCAGCGGUCCAGGAUCAGAACUCAUACCAAGAGAAUUGAAGUCCUUCGGCGAGUUGUACGACUCGUUCGGAGCGCAGAUACCUCCUGAGCUCAUGCAGAACAUCACGCGCUGCGGCUACACCAGGCCCACCCCCGUGCAGAGGUUCGCCAUGCCCCCUGGGCUUUCGGGCCGGGACGUGCUGUGCUGCGCCCAGACGGGAAGUGGUAAGACUGCCGCAUUCUUGGUGCCGACGGUCGCCAGUAUGAUGAGGUGCCACCGCGGAACCGCCGCUCAGGCAACACCCUUCGAGGGCCCCUGCAGGCCGCACGCGCUGGUCCUGUCGCCCACCCGCGAGCUCUGCCUGCAGAUCUUCGACGAGGCACUCAAGUUCUGCCACGCCACGAGCUUCCGAUGCUGCCGCAUCUAUGGCAGGGAGCAGGCGAGGCUGCAGCUGGAGGAGCUCGCCAGGGGUGCCGACCUUCUGGUGGCCACCCCUGGGCGCCUGUGGGAGUGGGUCGACGCGGGCGUGAUCAGCGUCGUGGAGACGAGAUCUUUGGUGCUGGACGAGGCCGACAGAAUGCUGUACCUCGGGAUGGAGUCCCAGAUCCGGGAGAUUGUCGAGAGGCACGGGAUGCCCAGCAAGGAGAACAGGCAGACGCUGAUGUUCUCGGCCACGUUCUCCGACAAGUGCCAGGAGCUGGCCGCCGCCUAUCUGUUCGAGCACAUCUGGGUCGGGGUUGGCGUCCUGGGCGGCGCGGUGAGCACGGUGACCCAGCAGCUCCAGCGCGUGUCCCCCGAGGACAAGUACGACAAUUUGAUCACUCUGCUCCACAAGUUCAUGGAGAUCGGAGAAACAGCCGGGGUGAGCACGAGCGGAUCGUCGUGUUCACGAACUCCAAGAGCCAGGCUAAGGGCCUCGACGAGAAGCUGUGGGAAUCGAAUUUCGACUCCGGCGCCCUGCACGGGGACCUCCAGCAGCACGAGCGUGAGGAGAAUUUGCGGAAGUUUCGCAGCGGCGAAAUCGACGUCCUGA